UCCGCCCCUCUAAGAGAUGCAUUUAUUUUUUCUUCCAUUGCAGAUGUAGGAAUGAGGGUCGGAGCAGACUAUCAAGCUCGCAUCCCUGACUUUGAUCCUGGAGCUACAAAAUACACAGAUAAAGACAAUGGAGGGAUGCUUGUGUGGUCUCCUUAUCAUAGUAUUUCUGAUGCCAAAUUGGAUGAAUACAUUGCUAUAGCAAAGGAAAAACAUGGAUACAAUGUGGAACAGGCACUUGGCAUGUUGUUCUGGCAUAAGCACAACAUUGAGAAAUCCCUUGCAGAUCUCCCGAAUUUUACUCCUUUUCCAGAUGAGUGGACAGUUGAAGAUAAAGUCCUUUUUGAACAAGCUUUCAGUUUCCAUGGAAAAAGCUUUCACAGAAUCCAACAAAUGCUUCCAGACAAGACUAUUGCAAGCCUUGUAAAAUAUUACUAUUCCUGGAAGAAAACACGUUCUAGGACAAGUUUAAUGGACCGCCAGGCUAGAAAGCUAGCUAAUAGAAAUAAUCAAGGUGAUAGCGAUGAUGAUGUUGAAGAACCUCACCCUAUGGAUGGAAAUGAUAGUGAUUAUGAUCCCAAAAAGGAAAGUAAAAAAGAGGGGAAUAACGAGCAGCCUGUGCAGUCCAGCAAAAUAGGAUUAGGUAGAAGAGAAUAUCAAAGUUUGCAACAUCGUCAUCACUCUCAGCGCUCUAAAUGCCGUCCUCCAAAAGGCAUGUACUUAACUCAAGAAGACGUAGUAGCGGUUUCAUGUAGCCCCAAUGCCGCCAAUACACUUCUUAGGCAGCUGGAUAUGGAGUUGAUCUCGCUGAAGCGACAGGUCCAGAAUGCUAAGCAAGUAAACAGUGCACUUAAGCAGAAAAUUGAAGGUGGAAUAGAAGAAUUCAAACCUCCUGAGUCAAAUCAAAAAAUAAAUGCCCGUUGGACAACAGAAGAGCAACUUCUUGCAGUUCAAGGUGUCCGCAAAUAUGGUAAAGAUUUUCAAGCUAUUGCUGAUGUAAUUGGCAAUAAGACUGUUGGUCAAGUGAAGAACUUCUUUGUAAACUACAGGCGUCGGUUUAACUUAGAGGAGGUAUUGCAGGAGUGGGAAGCAGAACAAGGAACCCUGGCUUCUAAUGGUGAUGCUUCUGCUUUAGGGGAGGACACAAAAAAUGCUAAUGUGUCAUCAGGAAAAAGUACAGAUGAAGAAGAUGAGGCCCAGAUCCCACAGACCCCUCAGUGUGUAGGGUCUUCUCCACCAGCCCAGGCAUCUACUCCAACACCAGCAACCCCUGUAACAACUCUGAACCAGCCUCCUCCAUUACUUCGUCCAACCCUUCCGGCUGCUCCAGCUCUUCAUCGUCAGCCUCCACCACUACAGCAACAAGCUCGAUUUAUUCAGCCAAGGCCAACCCUAAACCAGCCCCCUCCACCACUUAUCCGCCCAGCUAAUUCCAUGCCUCCUCGCCUAAACCCAAGACCAGCACUAUCCUCCACUGGCGGUCCACAGCCACCUUCGCUUAUUGGAAUCCAGACAGAAUCACAGUCCCCUCUGCACUAAAGAAGUAGGGCAGAACUAUGGUAAAUAAAAUAGUAUCAGUGUCUAUUUUUCCUCAGCUAAUGAAGAGGUGAAGGGAGGGAAAGCAAGCUUUCCACAGUAUUGAAACUGUCACAAAGAGGAAGGUGGAAGCAGAUAUAUAAUAUGUGAAUGACCUUCUGUGUGAGAGAAACUUCAGUGCAGUAGAUUAUUGCAGAGGAAACCAUGUCUACAAAGUCAGCCUUUUUUACAAAGCUAACUUCUUUUAAAAAAGGAAAAGAAAGAAAGAAAGAAA